AUGUCCCUGAAAAAUCAAAUCGAAGAUGGAGCUAAUGGAAUCCAAGCCGGAUGGAAAAAGAAAACGCAGCCGAAAGAAGUAACGAUGGAAGGUGGUAUGACUCCAAUGCCGGGUGGAAAUGCGGCCGGCCCUAAGUCGACGAGCAUGAUUUAUAUUUGUGGAGAGUGUCACUAUGAGAACGAAAUCCGCCCUAAAGAUGCUAUCCGCUGCCGAGAAUGUGGAUAUCGUAUCCUUUACAAGAAGAGGAGUCGUAAACUCAUGGUGUACGACGCUCGAUAA